UUCGUCAUUUUCAACAUUUUGACUAAAUUAAAAAGAAAUUCCUGAGUUCAAACAUUAAAGAACACAAACGAGUGCUUUUGUGUUCGUGCCAUUGUGUUUUCUCUUUUGGAUAUCAUCCAAGAACCCGUGAGGAAGCAUCAUCUCAAACCCAGUCAAGAAAAAAGACAAAGGAUAAAGAUUAUCUGAAAAACGUUUUUGAGAGAGAAAGAGAGAAAGAUUAAGAAGAUGUUGGAAGGAAAAGCAAUGGUGGAAGAUUCAGACAUGCCAGUAAAAAUGCAGGUACAAGCCAUGGCUUUGGCUUCUCAAGCUCUUGAUCUCUUUGAUGUCGUUGACUGUAAAUCCAUUGCUGGCCACAUCAAGAAGGAGUUUGAUGAGAGAUAUGGGAGUGGAUGGCAAUGUGUGGUGGGAUCAAAUUUUGGAUGUUUCUUCACACAUUCUAAAGGGACAUUCAUCUAUUUUCAAUUGGAGACACUUAAGUUCCUAGUCUUCAAAGGCUCUUGUACUCCUUAAUAAAACAAACCCUAAGCCAAUGUUAAAUCUUUUUCUAUCCUUCUAUGAAAAUCUGUGAAAGAAAAGCUUGAAGAGCCUAUCAAGAUCUUUUUCUUUUUCUUUUGUUGCUCUUUAUAGCUUUGAAUCUAGGUCUGUAAAUAGACCCAAGAUGGGCUAUUGAUUUCAAUGAGAUGCAGGGAAUUUUAUUUCCAGGUUUUAUCAUGUGUUUGGUGAUCAACAAAAAUGUAAUGUACACGGUCUUCAUAUAUCUCUUAAUUUUUCUCUAA